AUGGCUCGACUACGUCAAAGUCUUUCAGGAAAUGCCCUUGAUUCAAUUCGUGGACUGGGUGUUACGGCGCCAGAGUAUAAUGAGGCUAAGGACAUAUUAAUAUCUAAGUUUGGUGGACAACGUCGUCAGUUGCAAGCUUACCUCGAUCAGUUAGAGAAUAUGCCCACUCUAAAGAACAAUGACCUUCAGUCUUUCGAAAAGUUUGCUGAUCUUGUGCGGGUAACCGUAGUGAAGUUGGAGGCUGAAGGGCGCAGUGGGGAACUGGGAGAUGGUGCAUUGCAUAGCCUGCUGGUAAAGGAACUAUCGGAACGACAAGUAGAAAAUUACAGUCGAUGGCUUAGUGAACAACAUAAGAUACGGUCAGUGAAAACCUUGAGAGACUGGCUAAAGGAAGAAGUAAUCAUCUGA